CCUUCCCCGGCGGGGCUCAUCCCCGCGUUUACACAGGGGUAACCGCCGUGGGACGCUGCUUCUUGAGCCUCCGCGCCCUGCUAGCGAGCAAGGGCGCGUCUCCUUUCGGUUUUAGUCGCUGCUUGCCUUCAGAAAGCUCUGGAAAUCCCAGCCAGCCGAGCCCGGCUCCCUGAGGGAGGAGCCUCAGCGCUGGAUGUAAGCGAGGUGUUUCUUCUUUACCGCCGGUCAAUUGCCGUCAGUUUUAGGAGCCAACACCUGGAGAUGCUGAAGAGUUACCCGGGUUCCUGAGGAACCGUGGUGCGGGGAUUAAACUGCCUUUAUCUCCGGAGCUGAGGGGAAUCGCCUUGUCUUCUCCAAGGCCGGUCACUUUGUCCUUCCUCUGCUGUUGCCAAUGUAGUGAAACAGCAGGAUUAUUAAUAGAGAAAUAUGGCAUCCUCAGACCUGGAAGAUUUGUGCUUUCACAUCAACACGAAGAUUUCAACUAUUAAAAAGACUCUUCAAUUAAGAAACAUAGGUCAAGAGCCAUCCCUCAAGUCUAUGCUGAGUAAAAUAGGGCAGGAGAUGGUUCUCCUGCAUGAUCUCCUGAAUAAAAUGGAAACUGAGGUUCAACAGCAGGAAAAACUGAAGGCUUUGCUAAAAGAGCUCCAGAAGUCUGCUGAGAGAGAGCAAAGUGAAGCACAGCACCUCCGUGAAAACAUCCCUCCCCAUCUGCCCAAACCCACCCAGAGCAGGAAAGAUGGUGAUUUGUAUUCAUCCAGCCUAAGAGAUGGGUUGGAACUCAGCAUCACUGGGCUAACUGGGAAGUGUGAAGAACAAGGAAAAGCUGGGGAACCUGAACGUGCAAAGAAACCUACAAAAGAGCAAAGACCUAUUAAAGAAGUAGCCUUAAUAACUGCAGAAGAAUUUGAAAGUGUUCCUGCGUACAUGAAGGGUCGUUUAACCUAUGAUCAGAUUAAUGCAGUUGUGCAAGAGAUGAACAAGGCUGUGGUGGGCAAGUACAAGAUCCUGCAUCAACCUUUGAAGUCUAUGAGUGCACCAGUCAGAAAUCUCUACCACAGGUUUAUAGAAGAAGAAACCAAGGAUACAAAAGGUGGGUUCUUCAUCGUGGAGGCAGAUAUCAAGGAGUUCACCCAGCUGAAAGCCGACAAGCGCUUCCACAGCAUCCUCAACAUCCUGCGCCACUGCCAGCGAGUGAGGGAGGUCCGGGGGUCCCGCCUCGUCCGCUACGUCAUCUGCUGACCACCUGCCCACCUGCCCCUCACCCAAGAUAAGAGGACACAAGUAUUUUGAGAUGUAGAGAGAUGUUGUUUGGUUGGUUGGUUUGGUUUUUUUUGCAGUGUUUCUGUCUCCGGGGCGUUCCUACCUGCCUAAAAAGGCAGCAGUGAGGACCAAGGGGUGUUUUUCUGCCGUCUACCCUACAUGAGGAGUGGCAAUAUCAAGUGGCCUUGAAGUCUUGGAGUUUUGUUGGGAAAACUUGAGAGGGAUGACUUGCCUUUUUGGUGAAUUACAACUGCAGUUGGCAUACCUGUGGACACAGGCAGUUGGAAUCACAUUUUCAGGUCAGCACUUGAAAUGUUAACUUCUCUGCACGUUAAUAAUGAGCCUUUUGUGUUUAUGAGUUGGAGACUCUGUUUAAGACUCUGUAGCUACUCACAGGGAGGAUUAGAUUCUUUGCUUUUUUUUAAUCCAUCAAACCCAUUUCCAGAUUUCCUUUUCUUCAUCUUUUUCUUCUUAUCCUAAUUGUAUGGUUUGGAGUUUCCUGCCUGGCCUGAACAGGAAGAUCUGAGGUGGUUUAAACAUUUCCAGACUGCUGCUGGGUAGUUUUUUUAGCCAUGUGGCUUCCAUACUUCCACCAGGCAGCCAGAUUUUAUUUUUUUUCCCCCUCAGAUCAAUUCAUUAGACUGAAACAAUAGAGCAGUAGGUUUUGUAAAGUGAAAAUGUUGACUUUCACUUGGAAAAUGCUGGUCAAACUUGUCACAGUUUAUUACAGGAGAUUUGGUUUCAAAGAACCUAUCAGUGUAGUAAGUUCCAGAGUAGAAUCCUUGUGAUAAAUACCAACUCUGUGAGUUAUCAAAGCUGUUUUGAUAAAAGCUGUGGUCUUGUUUUUCCAUGAGCCUGUAUCUGCUGUUAUCCUAAUAUCUAAUCUGAAUAUCCCUUCUUGUACCCUCUUUGUGUUCAGAUGACAAUUUAAUGAGCAAAAGACCCUGAAUGAACUUUGACAUUUCUCAAUAAAGAGAUUCUGGUAAUCUG